UUCAGUCUUCAAAAUACAGCUUCUCUGAUACUCUGAGGAAACAACACCUAUCAGACUGCUAAUUUUUUUUUGAGAGCUGCAGUCAUCGGCCUCCCGAGGAAUUAAACGGCCAUCAGGAAGUUGUAGGUGCAGAGAGGUGGAGAAUGCAAGUGAAUAACACUGGAAAGAGACCGCACAUUCUUCUUGCUGCUUGCGGAAGUGUUGGUGCAGUAAAGUUUAAAAGCCUAUGCCACGGUUUUUCUGAAUGGGCAGAAGUUCGAGCAGUUGCCACGAGGGCAGCAUUGUUGUUUAUUGACCCAGCAUCCCUCCCAAAGAAUGUCUAUCUUUACGGCGAUGAGGACGACUGGAUCAAUUGGGGCAGAAUUGGUGACGAUGUGCUUCACAUUCAGCUUUGCAACUGGGCUGAUAUUAUGGUUAUUGCUCCACUCUCAGCAAACACACUCGGAAAGAUUGCGGGAGGAUUGUGUGAUAAUCUAUUAACUUGCAUUGUACGGGCAUGGGACUACAGCAAGCCUUUCUUUGUUGCACCUGCCAUGAGUGCUCUAAUGUGGAACAACUCCUUCACGGAAAGGCAUCUAGUGUCUGUUGAUGACCUCGGAAUUGCUCUCAUACGACCAAAGUUGAGCAGUGGGGAACAGUGCAAUUGUGCCAUGGCUGAACCCAGCCUCAUUUCCUCGACUGUCAGGCUAUUCUUAGAGUCACGGCGCGAGCAAAAAGAAACAGCCACAGCAGUAACAUGCAUCACGUAAAAUCGUGAAGGGGGUCAUUUUUCUUUUUUGCAUUCAAAUUAGAAGCUGCAAUAAGAAAGCCCUUCGCAUUCAUCUGUGUGACUGUGACCCUGUGCUUGUACUCAGAUUGGAUGGGGUAUGCUGUAAAUGUUAUUUAUAUCUUCUCACUUGUAAUCCUACUUGGCAUCAUUUUGUCCGGUGGAUGUUUGGAACCACAUAUUUUAU